AUGAAGAAGAAUUGCAACAACUACAAGAAGUGGUUUGAAAAGAACAAGAACAAAGAUACGGGUGCCUCGAUUCAUAUAGCUCACAAUGUGCAAGAAUUCACAAGAAGGAGGGAACCAAGAAAGCAUGAAGUUAAAAUGUUCAUGGGGAAUGGAGAGCAAGUAGAUGUGGAAGCCAUUGGAGUAGUGCAGCUAAAACUAGAUUCUGGUUUUAUUUGA